AUGUCUGGACGCGGCAAGCAAGGUGGCAAAACCCGGGCUAAGGCCAAGACUCGUUCUUCCCGCGCCGGGCUGCAGUUCCCGGUGGGCCGCGUGCAUCGGCUGCUCCGGAAGGGCAACUACGCGGAGCGUGUGGGCGCCGGCGCUCCCGUCUACCUGGCCGCCGUGCUGGAGUACCUGACGGCUGAGAUCUUGGAGCUGGCGGGCAACGCGGCAAGGGACAACAAGAAGACCCGCAUCAUCCCGCGUCACUUGCAGCUGGCCAUCCGCAACGACGAGGAGCUGAACAAGCUGCUCGGACGGGUCACCAUCGCCCAGGGCGGCGUCUUGCCCAACAUCCAGGCCGUCCUUCUGCCCAAGAAGACGGAGAGCCACAAAGCCAAGGCUAAAUAA